AACACUAGCAUUACAACAAACCUGGAACCCGAUCGGCACAUUUCUGAAAGGUUGAUAGCGCGACCUCCUGUAGUGUAGAAUGUAGUAUGGACCAUAGGACAGGACGAAGAAGUCCCGUUAAGAAGCUGUGGAGGCCUAAGAUGCUCUACUAGGCUGCUGGAAAUCCGAAGAAGACGAAGGCGUAAAAAGCAAAAUGGCGUUUGACAGAGAAGGCCUAAACGUGGCCAUUAUUGUUUCUCUAUUUGUAUUUAGUGCAUACAUGUACGCAUAUAUGUGGUGUAGUAGAUGAAACAUUCUUAGUCAUUGUUUGUAUCCGGAUACAUUAGUCUGAGCGCACUUUAUCGCCUCUUGUGCUAGUUAGCUUAGCUUGUUAGCUGCUAACAAAGAGACGCGGACGUUAUCAACACAUCGCUAAGUAGGGAUCAAAUGUGAACGCAAUAUUAUUAUAUUUAGUUUAAAGGCGGUUGGAACGUCGUCGUGUUUUUUCCCCUCGUCCUUCUAUGUUGUUCACGCGCGGUGUUGUCAGAUCUCGCGAGAAGACAAGCAACCAGCUUCGAUUUCUUCUUCUUACUGGCAUUUUGCUGCUACGGCUCGACGCGUUAAUAGCGCGACCUCCUGUAGUGUAGAAUGUAGUAUGGACCAUAGGACAGGACGAAGAAGUCCCGUUAAGAAGCUGUGGAGGCCUAAGUUGCUCUACUAGUCUGCUGGAGAUCCAAGGAAGAACGAUGACGAAGCAAGAUGGCGUUUGACGGAAAAACGGCCUAAACGUGGCCAUUAUUGGUCCUCUUUUUGUAUUUAGUGCAUACAUGUACGCAUAUAUGUGGUGUAGUAGAUGAAACAUUGUUGGUAAUUGUUUGUGUCCCGGUUAAAUUAGUCUUAUCGCACCUCGACGCUUCUCGUGCUAGUUAGCUUAGCUAGUUAGCCUAGCCAGUUAGCUGCUAACAAAGAGACAAAGGACGUUAUCAACACAUCGCUAAGUAGAGAUAACGUCUGAGUGGCAAGUGUCGUGAUUUUGUGAAAAUGUGCGAAACAACGGUAGCAGAGUACGAGGAGGAACUUUCUCCAACAAUAGAGGAGAAGGAGCGACAACAUCAACUACUGGACGCUGAUUUUAGGAAACCUCAAAUUGUGUUGUACAGAACAGACGUCCACCAGCCCCCUGACAUAAAAGAGGAAGAGGAGGAAUGUUGGAUCAAUCAAAAGGGAGAAUGUCUUCUAGGGCAGGAGGAGGAUGAUCUCACCAACUUUCCACUGACUGUUGUCUCUGUGGAGAUUGAAGAGCAUGAAGACAAACCACCUGAGUCCUCACAGCUUCAUCACAGUCCAAAACAUCUUCUCCCUGAGCAACAAGAGUGUAGCUUCAGGAUGGUAGAGGAAGAGCCAUUAAAGAGGAAGAUGAAGCGCCACAGACCCUCUGGCGUCUCCGUUUCCUCUUUAUCACAGACCUCACCCUUUAAAAAGGAAGAGGAAGACUCACAGCCCCCUGACAUUAAGGCAGAGGAGGAGGAACACAGCAUCAGUCAGGAGGGAGACCCUAUUGAAGGACUGGUGGAGUUUCCAGUGAUUAGCGUCAUUGUGAAGAGUAAAGAUGAAGGUGAAAGUGAGGAGAGGGGAGGGGGGGAGCCUCCAAGCAGCAGCUCAACACAACACAUGACAACAGAAGCUGAUGGAGACCACUGUGGAGGAUCACAAGCAGACAAGCUCUUAGCUCCACUAUCAGAUAGUGAGGACACAACCUCACACUCUCCUGACACUGAUGAUGAAGACUCUAAAGAUAAGACAUUUCGCACCGACAACACUUACUUGAAAUGUCCUCACUGUGACAAAACUUUUAAAUAUUCUAGUCAUCUGAAAGUACACAUGAGAAUACACACUGGAGAAAAACCUUUUCCCUGCUCAGAGUGUGGUAAAGGUUUUGCCCAAAACAAAUGGUUGAAACAGCACAUGAAAACACACACCGAAGAAAAGCCUCCUCCCUGCACAGUGUGCGGUAAAAGUUUUGCAAGAGCAGAAGUGUUGAAACAACACAUGCGAACGCACACUGGAGAUAGCCCGUAUUCUUGUUCAGAAUGUGGGAAAGGUUUUACUUAUCGUUGUGCUCUGAACGUACACAUGAGAAUGCACACUGGAGAAAAACCUUUCUCGUGCUCAGAAUGUGGUAAAUGUUUCUCACGAAGAAAUGGGCUGAAUGAACACAUGCAAACACACACCGAAGAAAAACCUUUUUCUUGUUCAAUCUGUGGGAAAGGUUUUGUCAAAAGUCAGUGUUUGAAAAAACACACGCGUUUACACACUGAAGAGAAACCUUUCACUUGUGCAUUCUGUGGUAAAGGUUUUGUAUUAAGUGAAUAUCUGAAAGUACACAUGAGAACACACACUGGUGAAAAACCAUUUUACUGUUCAUUCUGCGACAAGGGUUUUUCACAAAGUCAGUAUUUCCAAGUACACAUGAGAAAACACACCGGCGAAAAGCCAUAUUCCUGUUCAAGCUGCAACAGAAGUUUUGCCGACCGAUCGAAACUUGUAAUACACAUAAGAACGCACACUGGUGAGACCCCCUUUACAUGUUCAGUCUGCAACAAAAGCUUCCGGAACAAACCAACACUUGUAAGACACAUGAAAACACACACUGAUAAGAAAGUGAGUUGCAGUGCGUGUGGUGAAAGAUUCUCUUAUAAGUACCAGUGUAAGAAACACAAGUGUGCUGGUGAGAACAGCAGCAGCCAAUGAAAGUGCAGGAUUUCAAAUAAAUUGCCAGGACUUUAACUUUUAACUUUCUAAAAAAAACAUCAGCACAUAUGACAUGUGUGACAUCAUUGUUGUGUGUGUAACAACCUUGUUAAUAUGCUUCUACCAAAAUAUUAGAGUAGAUAUGUUAGAUUAGUGCUUUUUAAACCAAUUACUUGCAUGGCCAUGCAGCAUUGU